GCCUCUGAUUUCGCCGAGAUUUCCAGUUUUGAACUCUGCGCUUCCUCCCCUACAUAAAUCCCACCUCCAUUUCUUUAAGCUUCCUACCAAUGGACGUCGAUGAAUUUUACCGGCAACCGGCUGCCGUUCCUUUCAAAUGGGAGAUCAAACCCGGCGUCCCCAAAAAUCACCACCGGCUCCGCCACUCUCCAACUCACUCUCCUCCUCAACACCAUCAAAAGCUGAAACCUCCUCCUUCUGUAUCCAACUUCCUCCAUCCUUCAAACUCUCUUCACUCCUCUUCUCGAACCCGCUCCGACCGCUGGCGGUUCUCCCAACCCGAGCAAGUCUCCUCCGGUUGCUUCCCAUCGCCUUUGCCGAACCGGAAAUCGGCCAAGAGCCUGAGCCGGAAUCCCGAACCGGAUUACUCCUCGGGAUUGGAGAGUUUAUCGCGGUGGUCGGUUUCCAGCAGGAAGUCGAUUUCGCCUUUCCGAUAUUCAGUUUCAUCGUCGCCGUCGUCGUACUCGUCGUACCACUCGUCGCCCCGUCCGACCAGUGAUACUGAAUGGGCCGGGUUUGGGCUAUUUUGAUUGGGCUUUAAGAGAUUUUGGGCCGAAGUAUAGAGGCCCAGUUCUAGCCCAUCUAGAUAGUGAUUCUGAGUGGGCUUGGUUUUGGGCUUUAGAGUUGUUAUGAGUAGAAAUAGAGAAGCUCUAAAUCCCUAUUGUAUUGUGCUUUCUGCAAUCAUAGGGAUCUUCUUUAAAACCCAUAAAUUACUAAAUAUGCUAUAGAAACUAAAAAGAAUAACAUUUAUGAUUU